GUAAAUGGCGGUUGUGAGCAGGGUGGCCAGUAAACAUUACCACGGUUUUAACUGUAACUCUCUCAAUAUCAUCAACAACAUGUACUCCAGUGUAUCGGUAACACGGAAUGGUUACAAACAUGUGUAUUUUCAACUUUCAGAUCGGCUCACGUGUCGCGCGGACAGGAAACUCACUGAAAGAGAGCCGGACGCGAACGUUUUGCUCAUGGAGAACGAAGUGUGGGAGAACGAAGUGUGGGAGCCCGACGUCGACGCGCAGCCGGAGGAGCCGGAGGAGCCGGAGGAGCCGGAGGAGCUCCGGCUGCGCGUGGAGUUCCUGAACCAGGAGCUCCGCGACUGCAGAGCCGAGCUGAGCCGGUUGCAGAAGCAGCUGAAGCAAACCGAGCGGCUGCAGAGGAGCACGGAGGGCUACAACGAGGACCUGCGCAGACAGGUCGACCAGCUGAGUGCAGAGAUUCACGAGCGGAAGAAGAAGGACAAAGACAAAGUUCACAAUGUAACUCAGACGGAAGAAUAUGUGUGGACAGAAACAGAUUAUUACAACUACUACUAUGGAGGCCAGGCUCAGAAGCCAGAGGCUUCGGACACGAAGGACUGCCUCGACGCGGCAGCCGAGGAGGUCGUCAACGGCGAGGAGGCAACGGGGGGUUCAACACCGGUGGAGGCAGCUAAUGCUAACCCAGAUGACAGUGUUGCAGUCCCACCUGAGGAGGAGAACGGAGGAUCCAUCGCUGACAUGCUGAGGGCGACGGCCGAAGAGGCCAUGACGCAGACCGGGUUCGUCUUCGAUGAGGCGACCGGGAUGUACUACGACCGCGGCACCAGCUUCUACUACGACUCGGCCAGUCAGUUGUACUACGACGCCAACACGGGCUUUUACUACUGCUUCGACGCCGAGAGCGGGCGAUACCAAUUCCACUCCAGGAUCGAGGUGGCCGCCGCGGAGCCGAUUCAAGACAAGAGCGCCGCGGAAAAGAAAAGCAGGAAGUUGAAGAAAGGGUCCAAGAAAUCAUCCCACCAGGAGAAUAAGGAGUUCAUAUUCGACGAGUUGGAAGAAGAAGAAACCGAAUGGGUCGAAAGGAAAACGAUGAAGAAGAAAGCCAAACGGAAGUCUCGCAGUCCAGACGUGGCGCCGCGUAGGAAACACUCCAAGCGCAGAGAGGGGAGCGGCAAGACCUCGUCCAAGAGGAAGAGGCAGAGAACAGAUUCUGAGGAGGAGGAGGAGGAGAAGGAGAGAUCGAGGAGGAAAAAGAAGAAAUCAAAGUCCAAGAAGCUGAAGAAGAAAAAGAGUCCGGCUUCCAGCGUCGACUCCGAGGGGAACAGCGAACCGGAAGAGGGGGAGAUCACGGAGUCCGAGAAGGAGUGGGAGUCCACUCCCUCGUUCUCAUCGGCCUCCAGCUCCAAGGAAACGUCCGAAAUGGAGACCCAUGGUCAUGAAGCAGCCAAAGACAUCUGGCCGCCCUGCGUCAGAGUGACGGUGGUCCGGUCCCCCGUCCUGCAGGUGGGCACGCUGUUCAUCAUCACGGCCGACGCCCCGGCCUCCAUCGGCAGAGAGAAGGAUAUGGACCAUGCCAUCCGAAUACCGGAGAUGGGAGUCAGCAAGUUCCACGCAGAGGUGUACUUCGACCCCGAGCUGCAGGGCUACAUGCUGGUGGACCAGGGCAGCCAGAACGGAACCGUCAUCAACGGCAACCGGAUCCUGCAGCCCAAAACCAAAUGCGAGCCGCACGCGCUGAUGCACGGCGACGAGGUGAAGAUGGGCGACAGCGUGCUGUCCUUCCACAUCCACGCGGGGACGGACACCUGCGACGGCUGUGAGCCCGGCCAGGUGAUGGCGCACCUCAGCAAGCACCCGAGAGAGGAGAGCUCAGGUCCCACGCUCACCAAGGAGGACAAAGAAGCUCUGAGGCAGAAGGAGCUGAAGCAGAUGAAGGCCAAAUACGGUCUGCAGAGCAGCGAGUACGAGGAGGUGAAAGCCCUGAAGAACCCGCGGUACCAGGACCGGGCCCAGUGUCGCCGGCAGACGGUGGGCAGCGAGGGAGCGUUCCAGAGAGACGACGCUCCGGCUUCUGUCCACCAGGAAAUCAGCGAAGUCAACAAAGGACGCAAGAUGCUGGAGAAGAUGGGCUGGAGGAAAGGAGAGGGUCUGGGCAAAGAGGGGACCGGCAUGAAGGACCCGAUCCAGCUGAAGAUCCGGAAGUCCCAGUCGGGUCUGGGGGCCGGCGGCGCCGUGUCCCUGGACUGCGCCUCGGUGACCAAGUCCAAGUCCCAGAAGAACUGGGAGAAAGCCCGCGAGAGGUUCGCCGACUCGUGCCAGCCCGACGAGCCGUCGCUCAAAACGCAGAAGAAGAAAUCGCCCAAAGCCUGGGUCAAGGAGGAGGAGCCUGAGACCGACCAGAACAAGUGGCCCAGAGCCUGGGUCAAGGAGGAGGAGCCUGAGACCGACCAGAACAAGUGGCCCAGAGCCUGGGUCCAGGGGGAGGAGCCAGAGACCGCCACCGACCAGGACUAGGGAGGAACUACGAGGUCCGGUGGGUCUCGGCAGCCGGUUUCCUCAACUCACAAACCUCUCUGAAGACACUCGAUGGCCGACGUCCAGAAUGUGUGUGGAACGUUUACAGAAGACCAGCUGUGUGUGUGUGUGUCUCUGUGUGUGUGUGUGUGUGUGUGUCUCGAGCAAAUAUUGACUCGACUGAUUGGUGUUUCUCGCGAUGACAUCACAGAACGCCGUAAAGAACGGGCGUGUAAACCAGAGUGGACAUAAAGACGUGAACACG